CACGCUUCAAACAGGAACAAUUGUGUUGGUGGGAGGCGCAAAAAACGUAACACCGUAAAAAUCACGGAGCUGUCACUUUUAAAAGUAACAGAAAAAUCCAAACACAUAAUAAGAUGUCUGCAGACGCCGUCACCCUGGAUCUGCUGAAAGAAGCCAGGGAGACUGUCAGAGGCAGCCCCCUGGGUGUCAUCAACACUCCCAUGAUCCCCUGGUGCCAGACAACCCUGCCACUCGACAUCAACUGCAACAUCCACAUAAAACUGGAGAACAUGCAGAGAACUGGCUCGUUCAAGAUCAGAGGAGUGGCCAAUCAGUUUGCCAGGAGACCGAAGGGUGGUCAUUUUGUCACCAUGUCUGCUGGGAACUAUGGGAAGUCUUUUGCGUACGCCUCGAAACACUACGGGUCAAAGGGCAAGGUGGUGAUGCCAGAAACAGCCCCUGUGUCCAGAUCCAUCCUCAUACAGAGUUUCAGGGUGGAGGUGGAGCGAGUUCCCACCUCCUGUCUGAUGAAAGUGGUGAACCGCUGUGUUCAGGAGGACAACAUGACCUUCCUGCACUCCUAUGAUGAUCUGGAUCUAAUAGCGGGUCAUGCCAGUCUCGGUAUGGAGGUGCUGGAGGUGAUGCCCGAGCCUGAUGUGGUGGUGGUGUGCUGUGGUGGAGGGGGGCUGCUGGCCGGUGUAGCCGCUGCAAUCAAACUGUCAGGCUGCGAUAAGACCAGAAUCUACGGUGUGGAACCAGAAGGAGCCUGCACCAUGUACACAAGUUUCAUUGAGAAGAAGCCAGUGGGCAUGGAAACCAAGAGCAUCGCCUCAGGACUUGCACCACCUUCUGCAGGCACACUGCCCUUCGAAUUGUGUCAGCGUUAUGUGGAGGGGAUUGUCCUUAUAAACGAUGAAGAGAUCAAGGCAGCGGUGUCCACCCUCUACAGGUCCGGACUCGUGGUGGAGCCGUCGGGCUCCGCUGCGUUCGCUGCCAUCGUUAACAACAAGAUACCCGAGCUGGAGGGGAAGAACGUGGUGUGCAUCCUCAGUGGAGGGAACAUCGGAAUAGACGAGCUCGCCAACUUCCCCGGCUGACAAAUGUUCACUACCAUGAUGUGACUUUUCUUAGUGGAAAGCUGCUUUCACAUGAUCAGCUGUAAAAAUCGCUCUGCGCUGGCUGUGCCGUUGUUUUCCUGUGGAGAGAGCAGUGCUACCCUUACAGUGAGUUAGGCUUAUCUGGAGAAACAAAAUAAUUGCAGUGCCAGUUUGUGUGUAAAUGUAAAAAUACUAACAAUAUGAGACAGUGAGUUUUUAGUUUAUCUAUUGACCAUAAAUUAACCAAACUCUCCUGAUAAACAUGUCACAUGCCACAAUCUUUAUAGUAGAUCAAAAUUACAUUUAAUUUAAAUGUAAUUUAGUUUAUAUCAAUCUGUUUUAAUAAACACCUCAGUCUCAUUUCAUCGAGCGUUUGCGAAUGUUGUUUUGCGCCCUCAGAAAAUCUAAGAUUGAAAAUGAAUAAAAAGCUCCAUCCAAAUGUUUGAGACAACCAGCACAUUUCAUAUCCGUGUCUUCUCAGGCCGACAGGGUUUCAAUGAAUCUUUCAUGUCAAUGUGGUGGAUGCAAAUGCAUUUCUAAACUAAAAUGAAAGCAGGAGAAAAGUCCAUGAAGAAAUAUGUGAAAAAUAAGAUUUUAUUUUCAACUGGGAAAA